CGAGAAUACGGUGGACGGCUAGUCGGAGAGGCCUAAAGGGUUGGGGGAAGGAGACGUGGAUUUGAAGUGCUUGUUGGCCUAGAGAGGCGUGAGAGGCCGACUGCCUCAGAAGUCCCGCUGGCAGUCUGCAGCCAGAGCCCUACCAGGACCGAUAGCGUGGGUGUGGCACUUAUCUGCACUCAGUGGAGUGCCGGUGGGGUGAAGUCUUAAGACUUGGAACUCCUCCUUCUCCCUCAUUUUCUCUCCUUUUCCCUACCUCUCGUGGAUGAGUCCUGGACCCAGGGCAAAGACCCCACUGUUCCACCAGCUUAUCAGCCCUGGUUUCUCUCAAGCGGUUUCCCAAUGAGCCGGACUGUGGUUGUGCUGGGCGGAGGCAUCAGCGGCUUGGCUGCCAGUUACCACCUGAGCCGAGCCUCUCAUCCCCCUAAGGUGGUACUGGUGGAGGGCAGCGAGCGUCUGGGAGGCUGGAUUCACUCAGUCCGUGGGUCUGAUGGUGCUAUUUUUGAACUUGGACCUCGAGGAAUUAGGCCUGCGGGAGCCCUGGGAGCCCGUACUUUGCUCAUGGUUGCUGAACUUGGCUUGGACUCACAAGUGUUGCCUGUCCGCGGAGACCAUCCAGCUGCCCGGAACAGGUUCCUCUAUGUAGGAGGUGCCCUGCAUGCCCUACCCACGGACCUCAGGGGGCUAUUCCGCCCUUCACCCCCCUUCUCCAAACCUCUGUUUUGGGCUGGGCUGAGGGAUCUCACCAAGCCCCGGGGCAAAGAACCUGAUGAGACUGUGCACAGUUUUGCCCAGCGCCGCCUUGGACCUGAGGUGGCAUCUCUAGCCAUGGACAGUCUUUGCCGUGGAGUGUUUGCAGGCAACAGCCGUGAGCUCAGCAUCAGGUCCUGCUUUCCCAGUCUCUUCCAAGCUGAGCGAACCCAUCGUUCCAUAUUACUGGGGCUGCUGCUGGGGGCAGGGCAGAGCUCACAGCUAGACUCAGCACUCAUUCGUCAGGCCCGGACUGAGCGCUGGAGCCAGUGGUCACUCCGAGGAGGCCUGGAGAUGUUGCCCCUGGCUCUUGAAACUCACCUGACCAGUAGAGGGGUCAGGGUUCUCAGAGGCCAGCCAGUCUCUGGGCUCAGCCUCCAUGCAGAAGGGCGCUGGAAGGUGUCUCUAGGGGACAGCAGUCUGGAGGCUGACCACAUUAUUAGUGCCAUUCCAGCUUCAGUGCUCAGCAAGCUGCUCCCUGCUGAGGCUGCGCCGCUGGCUUGUGCCCUGAGUACCAUCACUGCUGUGUCUGUAGCUGUGGUGAAUCUGCAGUACCGAGGAGCUUGUCUGCCUGUCCAGGGAUUUGGACACUUGGUGCCAUCUUCGGAAGACCCAGGCAUCCUAGGAAUUGUGUACGACUCAGUUGCUUUCCCUGAGCAGGAUGGGAGCCCUCCUGGCCUCAGAGUGACUGUGAUGCUGGGAGGUUCCUGGUUACAGACGCUGGAGGCCAGUGGCUGUGUCUUAUCUCAGGAGCUGUUACAACAGCAGGCACAGGAAGCGGUUGCCACACAAUUAGGACUGAAGGAGCCACCAAGUUAUUGCUUGGUCCAUUUACACAAGAACUGCAUCCCCCAAUACACACUAGGCCACUGGCAAAAACUGGAGUCAGCUAAGCAAUUCCUGGCUGCUCAAAGGCUGCCCUUGACGCUGGCUGGAGCCUCCUAUGAGGGGGUUGCUGUCAAUGACUGUAUAGAAAGUGGGCGCCAGGCAGCAGUCAGUGUCCUGGGCACAGAAUCUCACAGCUGAUCUCCAACCCACUCAUGAAAAUAAAAGUUGCUGGAGCUUG